AUUCAACGCUUUCCUUGCAUCGUACGUACGCUUCAUCUCAGCUGAUUCGAGUUUACGUGAUGUACUCGCCUCGAAAGUACCAGCCGAACAAGAGCGUGUGAAGAAUUUCAGGAAACAAUAUGGCGCAACAAAAACUGGCGAAACCACAAUCGAUAUGAUGUAUGGUGGUAUGCGUGGAAUUAAAGGUCUUGUUUGCGAAACCUCUGUCUUAGACGCAGAUGAGGGUAUUCGUUUCCGUGGACUUUCCAUUCCUGAAUGCCAAAAAGUGCUUCCAAAAGCUGAUGGUGGCGAUGAGCCAUUGCCAGAGGGUCUAUUUUGGUUAUUGUUGACUGGUCAGGUACCAACAAAAGCUCAAGUAAAGCAAUUAUCACGCGAAUGGGCUGAACGUGCUGCUUUGCCACAACAUGUUGUUAACAUGUUGAACAACAUGCCCACCACUCUUCACCCAAUGUCACAAUUAGCUUGUGCCGUAACAGCAUUGAAUCAUGACAGCAAAUACGCUAAAGCCUACUCAGAGGGUGUACAUAAAUCCAAAUAUUGGGAAUAUGUCUAUGAAGAUAGCAUGGAUUUAAUUGCUAAGUUGCCAGUUGUUGCUGCCACUAUUUAUUGCAAUACAUACCGCGGCGGUAAAGGCUCAAAAUCUAUUGACCCCAAUUUGGAUUGGUCUGCCAACUUUGUUAAAAUGUUGGGUUAUGAUGAUCCAAAAUUCACUGAAUUAAUGCGUCUAUACUUGACAAUACACAGUGAUCACGAAGGUGGUAAUGUAUCUGCUCAUACUGUUCACUUGGUUGGCUCGGCUUUGAGCGAUCCCUAUCUUUCAUUUGCUGCUGGUAUGAAUGGUUUGGCUGGUCCACUCCAUGGUUUGGCUAAUCAAGAAGUAUUGGUAUGGUUAAGAAAAUUGCAAAAAGAAGUUGGUGCCAAUCCUUCAGAAGAACAACUUAAGGAGUAUGUAUGGAAGACAUUGAAAUCUGGACAGGUUGUGCCUGGCUAUGGUCACGCUGUACUCCGCAAAACGGAUCCACGUUACACCUGCCAACGUGAGUUUGCACUAAAACACCUGCCAAACGAUGAUCUAUUCCAACUUGUCUCAAAGAUCUACAAGGUUGUGCCACCAAUUCUAACUGAAACCGGCAAAGUUAAGAACCCAUGGCCAAAUGUAGAUGCUCACUCUGGUGUUCUAUUGCAAUACUACGGCAUGAAGGAAAUGAACUACUACACUGUAUUGUUUGGUGUUUCACGUGCUUUGGGUGUGUUAGCUUCACUUGUUUGGGAUCGCGCUUUGGGCUUGCCAAUCGAAAGACCCAAAUCACUUUCCACUGAUAUGCUCAUGAAAAUGGUGCAAAAGUAAACUCAUUAUAAAGAAGGAGGGAUAUAUUCAUUUUAAAACAAGAGUAUAAAGCAAACCAAAUAAUCAACAUAAAUUUACAAAGAGCGUUAAUGCAAAACUAAAUAACAUAAGUCAAAAAAUGAAAAAACCAAGUGAACCUAUUAUAAUAAUGUGACUAUUUUAAUUUCUACUUUUUUAAUUUAAAAAUCAAAAAUUAAGAAAAUUUAAAUUAAUUUAAAUUAUGCAAGUAAGAUUAAAGAUUAAUUAAUUAGAUUUCAUAUAUGCUAGUGAUGUUAAAGCGUAUUUUAUGUGAGUACCUCUAAAUUAUUUGAAUAAUCUUACAAAACGAAACAAAGCUAGAAUUAAAAUUUAAUUAGCGAUGUAUGAUAUUAAUUAAAAUGAUAGUUAUUGUUGUUAUAAACGAACUCAAUAAGCUAUGCGACUACCAACUCUAAACACCCUCCGCUCUCCCACUUAAGCUGUAGGCAUCCUGCCCACAAUCAC